CUUCGAAUGAGUACAGAGAUGUUUGAAGAUCUUGUUAUUAAGCUAACACCUUUAAUUCAGAGACGUGACACACAUCUUAGAGAAAGCAUUUCACCUUCAGAGAGGUUAUCAGUGACACUGCGUCACUUGGCAACAGGUGAAACUCAGGAAUCUCUAUCUAUGAAUUUUAGGCUAGGGCAAAGCACUAUUUCCAAUAUAAUAAAAGAUACAUGUCGUGCUCUGAGAAUUAUUCUUGAACCUUUAUAUCUAAAAAUUCCUAAUUCUGAAGAGGAAUGGAAAGUAGUGGCUUACGACUUUGAAGAUAGGUGGAAUUUUCCACAUUGCCUUGGCGCCAUAGAUGGAAAACAUUGUCGCAUUGAUCCACCCUUGAAGUCUGGAUCUUUGUAUUAUAAUUAUAAAGACACGUUUAGUGUUGUCUUACUUGCUCUCGUUGACGCUCAUCUGAGAUUUAUUUAUAUCGAUGUCGGUACAAAUGGAAGAGUGUCUGAUAAAGGAAUAUGGAAUAAAAGCACAUUCAAGAAUCUCCUAGAAAGAAAUGAACUGAAAAUUCCUCAACCAAGUCCUCUACCAGGCACUGAUAACAAUUUUCCAUUUGUCAUCGUAGGCGAUGAAGGUUUUAUAUUAUCUGAAAAUGUACUUAUACCUUUUCCUAAAGAACAAUGUUCUGGUAGAAGAGACAGAAGAAUUUUUAACUACAGGUAA